AUGCAUUCACUCACGACCACCUUGCUGGUCCUCACUGUCAUCCUCGUUCUCCUGCCAGCCGAGACCUACGCGUUCGGGGCAGGUGACAUCCCCGACUUUGCGUACCUUAACGGCAAGGCUUUCCGCCACGGCGACAUCGAGGACAUCCUCACUGAGCUCGCGAAGAGCGUCGGACAUGCCGGCGGAGGCGGAGGUCUGCUCGGUAUCGCGGCGUCGGUCCUAGGCGCAGCUUCCGGUAGUAGCGGCGCGAAGUUCACGAAGGAGGAUGUCAAGCGUGUCUACUUUGGCAAUUGGCUGCGGGACUACUCUCAGGCCAUGGACAUUGCGGGUCUGAGCAAGCUCUCUGCAGACACGCUUGUUCUCAUUGUCUCUGUCCUUGGUUUCUUGACCUUCGGUUUCGCCACCGACGAGUUCGAGGUCACCCCCGACCGUCUAGGUGUUUACCUUCCCACCGAGCACAUCGAUAACCCGAAAGGUUAUGCUGAGAAAGAAGGCGAUGCUCGUCAGUUCCACCCGAAGCUGCGCCCUCCCGUCAACCCUGAGGAGCUUGAGGUUGACGAGCGGACCGGAAUGAAAAAGUACAUGGCAACCGAGAACCAAGGAUGGGAUACUUCGACUGCUCUCAUUCGCCGCGUGUUCCGUGGCUGCAUCGAGAACGGCAGGCGUGCCCAGGGUCGCGAAGGUGCCGAGCUCUGGGAGGCUUACCGCCUCAUGGGCACCGGUCUCCAUACCAUGGAGGACCUGCUCGCGCACAGCAACUGGUGCGAGAUCGCGCUCCGCAAGCUUGGACACAACGAAGUAUUUUGUCACGUUGGCGACAAUGUCACGAUCGACUCCCCUAACGGCCGCACUCAGCCUCUGGUCACCGGGACGUUCGGCAGCGCAGACUUCUUGCACUCGCUGAUGGGAGAGGCAACUGACCAUUUGAGUCAAGCUAGCGUCGUAGACCUUUCUAAGAAGAUGGACGACGCGCAAAGCGACAACAACAGCCUCGGAAACUUGCAGUCUAUCUUGAAAAAGCUCCCUAUCGGCGGCUCAGACGAUAAGAUGGGCGAAGCCGACUCCAUGCAGGAGAAGUCCAAGGCGUACAAUUUCGACCCCAACAACGUUGCACCCCCGGAGGUCCGCGAGCAGCUGUGGCAGCUGCUAAAGUGGCGCGAUGGCAUCUUCAGGGACAUCAUCGCCAAGAUCGACAUGAUCCCUGGGCUGUCUGACCUCAUUGACGGUCUCACGAACGCGCUGAAUGCUUUCGUGUACACCGUGUUGGCCCCUUACCUCUCUCCGAUCCUGAAGCAAGUCACCGACGUCCUGUCGGAGGGUAGCAAGGCUGUCAUCGACUCCGACGACCAGUACCAGGUCUUCGACGAUGCCGACGCGUCCGACCCUUCUCACAGUCUGUUGUCUAAGGAUCAUUUCGCACUCAUCCUGAACGAGCCGGCCGGCAAGAUUGCCCUGGUUGUCGUGCAACACAGCGUCAAGUUGCUUGUUGACGCCUGGUUCAAUGACAGCGUUGACCCUGACCGCGUCAUCGACGAGAUCCUGGAGGCUUUCCACCACCCGUACUAUGCUACUGGACGCUCCCGUAUUCAACAGGAGAUGUUCCAAUGCCUGGAGAACUGGGUCACUAGCCUUGAGGACGUGGACGAGACCAUCCGAGCACUUUCAAAGGACAGCGUCCGCAAUGGCAAGAACAAGCGCAAGGGCACCGACGACGACAUGACCAGCUCAGACCAGAUUUACGGAGGUCGCGUCAACCAAAGUUCUGGUGGCGGCCAGUAUGGCGCGCAGAACACGGGUUAUGGCUCUUCGCAGACGUCUUCCGGCGGCCGUGCUUCGUCCGGAGGAUACGGCGCGUCCAGUGGAGCUUCCGGUGGUUAUGGCUCCUCGCAGACCAGUACGUAUGGUCAAUCUGGAGACAGCUACGGGUCUUCUGCUCCCUCCUACGGUGGUACCUCUGGACGCCGCCAGGAAGAAGAGACGUCGUACGGCCGCCAGGAGACUUCGUCUUACGGCCGCCAGGAGGAGACCACUUACGGUGGCCGGAACGAGUCUUCCUACGGAGGGCGCGAACAGUCAUCUUACGGCGGGAAUGAAACCUCUUACGGGGGUCGCGCCGAGCCCGCGUACGGAGGCCGCACCGAACCUGCUUACGGCGGCCGCGCCGAGCCCUCCUACGAGAGGCCCACUGAGUCCAGCUACGGCCGCACCGAGGAGCGUACGUACGGCAGCUCGGAGACCACCUACAACAGCACCGCUGCCGGCUAUGGAGGCGGUCAGCGCAGGCAGGAGGAAGAGUCCUACGGCUCGGCGCGUCCCAGCUACGGAGAGGCUGCUGAAGAAGAGCAGCCUCGCCGCCACCACGGCGGAGGCCGAGGAGGCUACGGCGAGGAGAGCCAUGGCCGCGGAGAGUUCGGCGGCGGAAACCGCGCCAACGAGUACGACGCCCCGCCGCCACCUCCCCGUGAGGAGUACGGGGGCUCUGGUGGCUACGGCGGCCGUGAGGAAGGGUACGGCGGCGGCAACGGCGGUGGCGAGCGCGAGGGCUUCGGCAGCGGAUACGCGCCGGCCUACAGCCAACCCAGCGGUGGAGGCUAUGGAGGUCAGGAGGGCGGCUACGGGGGUGGAAACCGUGGAGGCUACGGUGUUGAGGGCGAGCGCCGGGGCGGGCAGGAGGGUGGGUACGGCGGCUCCGACGAGACGUACGGUGUCCAGGGCCUGUCCCUCGGCGAAGAGGAACCUCGCCGUCACCACGGGGGCCAUGGAAGGCACCAUCGCGAGGAGGACCGCGAGGACAACUACUAA